AUGCUCGCAUCCAUCGUCGUCGCUUCGGCCCUCGCGGCAGGCGCACUCGCCCAGUCCACCCCGCUCGCCGCCAAACGGUUCCAGUGGGACAACCUCCCCUACAAAGCCGACACAGACAACGGUGUCCGCGGUCCCCAACUCGGUUACAACAGGUGCAACGGGACGACCCAGAACCAGGACUCGCUUUGCCAGACUGCCGUCAUCAACUCGAUCGAUGACUUCUGCCUCUGGGCCCCUCCCGAGCCGGGCAAGACCGUCGGCGAUAUCGAAGGCGAGAUGGUCGCGUGGUGCACCAAGGAAGGGUACGGGACGAGGAUCAUCCCCGAGGGCGCGUUGCAGGGCGUGCAGUUCAUCCGGACCCCGCACUACGUCCAAGUCGUCGGCUACAUCGACCAAGUCAAGAUCGACAUGCAAGCGGACGACUACGGAGGCGAGAUGGCGCGUCUUCUCUCUUUCCCUCCUUCGUUCGACCCGCACGGAGCGGACCAGCGCGGAAACCCUCUCGGUGGCCUGCUCUUCUCGAACGCCUUUGGAGGGAACAGCUCGCGCAACGGUACGCGCAACGGCACACAGUUUCAGCAAGUCAUCCAGUGGCACAACUUUAUGGGCGGCGCGCAGUUCUGCUUGAAGGCUUGCGACCCGUCUUACGAGAAUGGCUGGGCGAUGUGCGAGCACAUCUUUGACCGCAUCGGCUGCACCUACAACGCCCCUUCGACCUGGUCCAAGAUCAACGGCACGUUCGAGAGCUGCUUGGGCGACGACCAGCUUUACCCGGGCCAGUACAUCGAGAAUGGACGGACGAUGACGUAUACUCAGCCGCCCGAGUCGUUGGGUCCUAUCACGACCGUCCCCUACACGCCCUUUACCCCCUCCUCAUCCUCCUGCACGCCCUACACCUCCGCCUCGAUCUACACCGCCGCCGCCCAACUCGCUCCCUCGUCCUCCUCCACCUCCACCUCCUCUUCUUCCGCUCCUACCUCCUCCGCCUCGGGCUCGGCAUCCGCAACGGCUUCGUCCGGUUCUGGAGCGGGAUCCGCAGCGGGUCCGGCGAGUACUGGGACGGCGGGCGGUCAGCAGAACUCGCAGCCUGGCUCUGGAUCAGGCGCGGAGGACCUCAAGGUCGCAGGAAUGAUGGUUGCUGUCGUCGCAGGGUUGAUCGGAUUCGUCGCAGCGCUCUGA